AAAGGGUAAUGCUGGAAGGAAACCUGCGGUGCUUCUUAUAUGAGCCAGAAUACAGUGUGGAGGGGUUGUGACCUAUAGAAGAGGAAGAGGCCGCACUGAGCCCAGUGCAUUCUGGGUGUUGGAGGUUUUCUACCACAGCCCUUUUUCUGUUUUCUCUGGUCAUAGCACCAAUUUAAAUAAUGUGUGUCGUGUGUGUGUCUCAGGACGUGGAGCUGAUGAACAAUGUGCAGAAGGCGAUCCUGGAGAUUCAGGGCGAGUGUGAGAAGCUGCAUGAAACCACCAGAAGUCUGACUGACGACAGCAGACAGAAACAAAGCCACAUAGAGGAGCUCUUCAAGACGACGGAGAAGCUGGAGGAGAAGAAGGCCGACAAGCAGAUGGUCGAGAGUGGAAUCGUAAGUAACUCACUAAAAGGGGCCAGAGGGCAAGUUAGAAGGUGAAGUCAGACACACACACACACACAC